AUGCGAAAAGAUCAUCAAAUGCGUACGUUCAUAAUCACUGUUUGCAUCCUGGUGGUACUGCUAUUUUCCAGCGCAGUCGCUGCAAAGAAGGAAAAACCGCUGCAUAUCCCCUUUCCGAAGGAUGCCGUUGAUGGCAUCAGCUGCGGUGUUUGCACCUUUGUGGUAAAGCAGGUGUACAGGGAUGUGCUGGUACUUUUCAACGCCAGCAUUCGAAGACGCGUGCGAAUGAGCGAAGAUGACGUGCUGACGGCGCUGGAGGAUGUGUGCAACCCCUUUGCGGAGACUGGCCAGUGGAUACGUCGAAUUACAAUUACUCACAAACGCGAGACAGCCCCUUUUUUGGGUGUAGAGGAAUUGCAAGUAUAUACCAAGUGCAAGCGCACGUGCAGCACUGUGGUGGAGGCCUGUGAAGGGGUACUUGAUCACGAAAGCAUGGAUAUGCUUUCACCUCGACUCUUACACCUCACUGAAUACGCCGAUGCAGAUAAGUUUGCGGAAGCUCUAUGCGAUCGCUCACCGAUUUGUACAAAACGGUGGGGCCUAACCGCAAGCAGAUAUGAUGAACUCACCACUAUGAUUGAUGAGGACACUAUGGAGGAGAUCGACCCCAAAGAGAUGGAGGUUGAACGGAUGAUGGAUCAUAUGGAGCGGAAGGAGAAUCGGCGGCACAGCAUUUUUUAUCGUGAUGAAAUUGUGAAGAUGCAGGAAGCUAUUCUGAGGGGUGACAAGGAGGCGGUGGCAAAGGUGGACCCCUCCAUUGCGGAUCUUUCCGAAGAGGAAUUCGCAGCCGUGCAGGCGAUGGUGCGGGGAAAGAAUAACGAGAAGCUCCGGUCUGGGACGCAUAGAGCGGACGACGAGGGGAAGGCGAGAGACACCCAACGGCGGAAACACCGUGAAAGUGAUGGCGGUGAGGGCGAUUUGGAAAACUUUGAGCUAGAGCAAGAAGACCUUUGA